UUUUUCCAGAUUACAUUUCUGUACGCGUUGUUAGAGGAAAGAGUGUGGAGAUAAAAGUUAAUGCCGAAAAGUCCACGAAUUUGGAAAUGGCUCCUCAGCACAACCAGUAUUCUGCCCUCAAGAAGAGUUUAGACACAGUUAUUCAAAGUUUCAAGCAGAUAGAAAAUUUCCUUGAAGACUGGAGCCUUGGUGACUUGCAGAGGGAUAAAAAGUCUGUUGCGGAAAUUUUGGAGGAUGUUGACCAUGCAAUAUGCGAAAGACAAUAUUGUACCAACAAUUUGGACAAAUUGAUAGAAGAUGCUAGGAUCCACCAAAAAAGAGGGGAUAUAUACCAUGGAAAAAAGUUGUAUGUAAAAGCAUUAAAUGAAUAUUCAAAGAGCUUAUGUAGUCUACCAUACAAUUUUCACAUGAAAAUUAGAGUUUCUCAAGAUGCUGACUCAUCAUAUUGCUGUGAAAGUAUAACAAUGAAUUUGGAUAGGAAAAAUACAAGAAGCUCAGACAUGACUACUGAAGGUCUAGCUGACUUGAUUUCCAAAUCUUUUGCUGGAAGGGCUGAAAUGCUAAGAAUUGUGGGACACCAUGAGCUUGCAUUGAAAGACAUAAAAGAGGCUUUAUCGCUGAGACAUAACAAAGAAACAAAGUCAUCUGUAAUGCAAACUCAUAAGCUUUGCUUGUCGGAAAUGAGAAGAAAGCAAAGAAGUCAAUCACCAAAAAGAUCACCACCCGUUGCUAGUACCAAACAUGCAUCAAUUCACAGUGCUUCAAGUUUAGUAAAAAUCAAUUACAAUGAAGACAAGGGAAGGCAUUUAGAGGCAAAUGGCAACAUCAAAGCUGGCGAUGUGCUGAUUGUUGAAAAGCCCUUUGCCUCAAUUCUUCUGCCUGAAUUUUAUCAUUCACAUUGCUACCAUUGUAUAAAGCAGCUUGUUGCACCAAUUCCGUGUUUUACAUGCCAAGAUGUCUUGUUCUGUUCAAAGGAAUGUCAGGAGAAAGCAUACACUUCAUACCACAAUAUUGAGUGCAAGAUAUGGCCAUUGAUCCAGAUGGUUGACUCCUUUGCCCAUCUGUCAAUUCGAAUCAUUCUUACUGCAAAACCAGAAGAAUUGUUAAGUACCCUUGAAACAGAAAAAACUUUGGAUUGCAACAUUCAUGGAUAUACUAAUAAAGAAUACAAAAAUAACUAUAAAGCAAUUUACAACCUUGUUACAAAUAGUGAUUUACAUUCAAAGACAUCAGUCAUCUCAACAAACUUGGUAUCCUCAAUAAUUGGUCGCUACCUUGCAAGUCCUGAUGCUGUUACCCCUGUAGGUGUCAGGCCAUGGAACCAUUCCACAAGCCAAUCAAACCCUUCACUUCGUUUGUCCAGCAGUAGCCCAGCUCUUCUAGAUGACAGACAAUAUUCAAAUGAAAACUUGAAUUCUUUAGCAGAUGCAUUUGCAAAUUACAGUUUAAAGGAAGCAAGAAGUUGUGAAGACAAACUUGUUGCUGAUUGUUCCGACCCAGAUCUAUCAGAAUCCUUGCGGAGGUUAAGUGCGCCCUUGGACAUUAUGAAAGACCUGACUGGGAUGAAAUACCGAAGGCAUUCCUGCUCUGAAUCAGAAGACAAUCUUUCAUCUGGAUUCUAUCAGUCUGUGCUGACGGAGAAACAGAUCCAAAAGCUGAUAUCACGUCACAUUCAGCAAGUUGCUUGUAAUGUUCACACCGUAACCAGACUUGUGCUGGUUGAAGAUGAAGAGACAGACAGUCAAACGGAGGAUGAAGUUUUAUUUGGCAAGCAGGAACGCUCCUUUCGUAAAGAGCAGCGGCAGAUUGCAAUUGGAUUGUAUCCGACUGCUUCUUUGCUCAACCAUGCUUGUGAUCCCGAUGUCAUUGUGAGCUUCAUAGAUGAUGAACUUGUCAUGCGAGCGACGCACAAAAUCUCUCAAGGAGAGGAAAUCACACACUGCUAUGUUCCCCAUGUUGGCAGAAUGCAACGUGCAGUAAGGCAAAGAAUGUUGCAGAAGAGAUACUUUUUCGUAUGUUCCUGUGCGUCUUGUAGAAGGGAUGAGGAAAGAGAAAGGCGCCAGUUCCUCUCACUACAGCUGCAAUGCCAAGAAUGCCGAGACAACGCCAAUGUAAAUUUCGUGAAUGAUUCGUAUGUUGCGACGUGCUCUAACAAAGACUGCGGGCGGGUUGUCAACAUAGAAGCACAACUGGAGCAAAUUCAGUACAGCAAGGAACUGUUUCUGGAUGCAGUGGAUGCGUUUAAAAGUGGUGACGUGAAGAAAAGCUUAACAACUUUGAGGCUGGUAAUGAAAAAGAGGUCAUCGCUUCUUCAGUCAAAGGAUCGACUUGUUGCAGAGGUGCAUGAUGCGUUGUCUAGGUGUUACGAGGUGCUGCGAGAAUGGGAGUUCGCUUCAUAUCAUUGCAGUCUGAAUCUUGAUUCGGUUGAGCAGCAGUAUGGUGACAGAAGCGCAGAAUGUGCCCAUGCUGUGGUAAAGUUAGCAAGGUUCUUGUUCAAUGGUAAGAUGUUUGACAAAGCUGGAAAAGUUAUCGACAGGGGAAUACGUCUAAUAUCCAUGCACUAUGGAGAAGAAUUUCCAGUUUUACGUGAACUUAAAAAGAUGAAAGAAUGUGUCAAGAACUUUUCGACGCCUGUCACUCAAUUUUCGCUGUAGCUGUCAUUUGGUAAUUUGAAAGUGAGUGCACUUGAAAAAGACCACUUGAACCAGAGCACUUGAGAGAGAGCACCUAAAUAGAACUCCUAAAUAGAACACUUAGAGAUCUUUGUGUCAUUGUCUUUGCCAUACUGUGGAAAAUGAACUCUUUACUUGAUAAGUUAGAGACAACAAGGCCAUGUCUAUCUAGAAUCUUAUGAAUGGAAAGCCUAUUAAUUGGUGCCAAUGCUCCAUACCACCCUAGAAUACUUGACUCUAACCCAUGGCACCAGGAGAAUAUUUGCAUUUGCAAAUGAAAAUCGAAGUAAUUUAAAGUGAUACCAAAAAGGUAUCAUUGUAUACAUUGAAAAUAACACCUGGCAAAUAUAUUUUUUUCAUUUACUUUGCCGGAGAACAGAUUUGUGUAUUUCUCACAAUCCGUAAAAGGAUGGUGUCUAUGAUUCGAUAGUUUUUUACGAAUAUCUAUCACAAAAAUUAGUUUUGUAUUUAUGCAUUCAUAGAGUUGUAUUUAAGAAUUCGCAAAAACGCCGUAUUUGAAUUUUCUCUUGUCGAUGUCGUAUAAGUUUGUAUGAAUAGUUCCUCGUUUGCAUUUUCGUUUAAAUCUCGUUUUGUUGUUUGUUUGUUCAGUAAGUAACUCAGUGAGUUUUAUUCAAUUUACAGCUGGUAAUUAAAUGUGGCUGUUUCACGACGAAAUAUUUUAUUGUUAUCACGGAAUAACCUAUUUCUAACAGAAAUUUUGUAUUCGU